AUGGGGCUCUUAACGUGUGAGUGUAAGCAAUCCAUCCGCCUUCCGUCCGCUAAUCCUAGCAGCAGCGCUGGUCGCAGCAUCAGCAACUGCGCUGCUUGGCUGGAAUCCCCUUCGCCCCACCGCCUCCCUCCCUCCGCCUGCUUCCGCCGCUGCUGUUCAGGUGUGUUGAUGGUGGUGCUGGGUGGUGGUGGUGAUGGUGAUGGUGGUGGUGGUGGUGGUGGUGGUGGUGGUGGUGGUGAUGGUGGUGGUGGUGGUGAUGGUGGUGGUGGUGAUGGUGGUGGUGGUGCUGGUGUUGUGGUGAUGCUGCUGCUGCUCGUUAGGUGCGCUCAUGUGGCUUCUUCUACUGCCCUUUCUGCUUCUAUUUCCUUUGCUGCUUUGGGAAAGCAAGGGGACUGA